AUGGUUCCUGAAUUAUCUGAUGCAUUCAUGUACACUGAAUCUGCUAAAGAUUUUUGGAAAGUGUUGAACGAAAGGUAUGGACAGAGUAAUGGACCUCUUAUCUUUCAAUUGGAAAGAGAAUUGAGCAAAGUUUCACAAGGUAACCUUUCUGUUGCUUCCUAUUUCAAUAAAUUGAAAAGAUGUUGGGAUAAACUAAGCAAUCUGAAUGGCAUCCCUUCUUGUACUUGUGGAAAGAUGGCUGAAUGUACUUGUGAUUUGAUUAAGAAAUUUCUUGCAAUGGAUAGCCGAUCUAAGUUGAUGCAAUUCUUGAUGAAACUCAAUGAUGAUUAUGAAUCUGUUAGGAGUCAGAUCUUGUCCACAUAUCCUUUACCCUCUGUUAACAAAGCUUAUUAUAUUGUUCAACAAGUGGAAAAACAAAGACAAGUGCUUUCUUUGUCAAUAACAAUCCUAAAGGACAUUUUGGAGGAAAAAAGGAUUUCAAGUUUGGAAAAUUUGAGCAGAAAGGGGAUAAUAAACAUGUUUGCACUUAUUGUAAACAGGAAGAAAGCCAUUAAAAAGGGUUCUAGAAUUGCUGCUCAGGUUGUGUCUGAAGAAAUGAUUGAGGAGUCUCCUUUUGGGGUUAUGAAUGAUCAAGAACAGAUUGGUAUGAAUAAACAAGGUCUUGAUCAACAAUUAGUUGUUGCUGUUUGUCAAGAGGUUAUGAAGAUGUUCAAUGGCAAGAAUCCUAUGGUUGAAAAUGGCUCUUCUCAUCAUGUCUAUUCCAACCAAGCCAGUACCUCUAAUGCAGACCCUAUUACUAAGCAAGUUGUGGCACUUGGAAAAGGGUCCAACCGUUUGUACAUCUGCAAACCUACACCAAGCAUGGAUGUUUUUACUUCUUCAGUAUCUGCCUUUCAUGAGGCUUAUUCUAAUUCUGUUGUUACUCCUUUUGUUCCUUUGAAUAAAGAAUCUUGUAGUAAUUUUGUUAUGCCUAAACCUUCUGUUACACUGGACAUACUUCAUGCCAGACUUGGGCAUACUUCUUUGUCUAAAAUGGCACAUUUUCCAGAUUGUAAAAACUUGGAUGCUUCACAUUUUCAUUGUGAUAGUUGUAUGGUUUCUAAAGCUCAUAGAUUGCAUUAG